CGUUACAGCUAUCGACGGAAAUAUGAACACGGCAGUAGCUAGCCAGGGCAUCGGACUAUUGGCGAAUGCCAUGGGAAAGAUGAGGACAUGGACAACCAUUCCACCCUCUAUGGCAGCUGUGACAGUCCUGAAACAUGGAGAUUGUGUAGCUACCAAAUUUAGUCCCCAGCCCGGAUACCAGGAGCUUUCCCGAGCGGAAGUGGCGGAACACUGUGAGAUCCACUCUUGUUGGAUCAUUGUUUCCGAUAAAGUAUACGAUGUUACUAACUUUACACACGAGCACCCGGGCGGUUUAGAUGUGAUAAUGGAGUAUGCCGGAAGUGAUGCAACAGUGCCCUUCCUGGACAAAGGUCACAGUAAGGAUGCAAUCAUGCUAUUGUCAGACUACUACAUUGGGGAUUUAAUCAAGGAGGAUAGAAUUAUCAAAUGAUGAUCCCGAGGCGCGUGGUCAAUAGAAUGCAAAAGAUGAAGCACGAGAGGGGCGGAAGUUUCCAUUAUUCUCACUCACCUUCAUGGAAAUGACAAAUGUGUUUACAUGCGUGUUACGACAAUUUUUAUAAAAACUCAUCACCAGUGACAAAAUGACAUUUAAUUUACUUGUUUAUUUUUAUUUCAUCACAUAUUUUUAGCUCUACUGGUCAGAGACCAGAAGAGCUUAUGCGAUAGUAAUGUGUCCGUCGUCCGUCCGUCUGUCUGUCUGUCUGUCUGUCUGUCUGUCCGUCCGUCUGUAAACAAUUUUUCAAAAUGCUACUCCUCCUACAGUUUUGGUCUGAUUUCAAUAUAACUUGGCACACAAGUAGACUACACUAAGAUACAUAAUUCUCUGUAUCGGUUUUUUAUUUCGAUGAACGGUGUUGCCAUGGUUACUAAAAAUAGAAAUUUCUGUGAAAAACAUUCAAAAUGCUACUCCUCCUACAGUUUUGAUCUGAUUUCAAUAUAACUUGG